AUGGCCUCACCAUCGACCUGGAUCAUCCCCCUUACACAAUGGAUCCUCGUGCAGCUUCUCACAGGAUGCACGAUCGCAUUCGCACCGGCCUCCUCGAAGCUUAGACCCGCCGUCACCGUCGCCAUCCUCGCCCUCGCCGCCUCCUUUCAGCUCCAAACGCCGCACUCGCUCGCCCAAACCCGCGCCCGCGGCCCUCUCGCCGCAAUGUGCUGGGUGAACGUGCUCAAUGCAAUCGACCUUCUCCUCCUCAGCCGUGUCUCGUUCGCCGCACAGAUCGCCUGGGAAUCAUCAACCGGCAAGAAAUUCAACACCGACACCAACAGCGACACCCGCCUCCGCGUCCACCUCCGUCGCCUGCGCUGGUCCCUCGAAACACCCUUCAACUACCGCCGCAUCAACACCCCCUGGCAGAUCCACGCAGUGCCGCCCUUCAACGCCGCGGACCCGACCGCCGUGCCGGCGCGCGCGGUGUUUCUGCGCGCCUGCGCCCUCAAGGUCCUCGCGUCGCUGCUCGUGCUGCAGCUCUGCACCGUCGACGCGCGCGACGAGGCACUUGCGCGCGUCAUCCCGGACCUCGUGGAGGGGAAGGUCGUGCUGUGGCCGUGGUGGGAGGGGUGGACGACCCGCAGGGCGGUGGUGCAGGUGCUUUUCUGCGUAGCGUUUGGGUGUGUGACCCGGGCGGCGAUCCUGGGGACGUAUAACCUCGUGGCGGGGGUGUUGGUGCUGGCGCGCGUGUGGGAGCCGGUCGACUGGCCGCCGAUUUUUGGGGAGGUGGGGGAGAUGUACUCGUUGACGCGGGUUUGGGGAAUCGCCUGGCACCAGAUCCUCCGCCAACUCAUCACCUCCAACGCAGACUUCGUGCUCUCCCGCAUCCUCCGUCUCCCAGCCGGUACACUCGCCCGCUCUCUGCGGCUCAUCCUCGCCUUUGCCGUGUCGGGGCUGGUGCACUUCUUCAUGGACCUGGGGUUCGGCGUCUCGCUGGACCAGAGCGGGGGGCUGUGGUUCUUCUGUCUGCAGGUCCCCGGCAUCCUGCUGGAGAAUCUGGUGUGGUCGACAUGCCACGCGACGAUCAAGCAGAUGAGUGUCCGGAUGAGGAGAGUGGUGGGCGACAGCAUGAACGCAGCUGUGAUUGAAGCCGAGCCACAAGCUACAAGCUACAAGCUACAAGCCACAGAUCAGGCACCAGCCUCGCUUGCCCUUAUCCAGCUCCUUCAUCUGCAGGAAGAGUUGUAA